AUGCGACUACCGGUAGUCCAGCUCGUGCGACUGGGUCGGGUGCCGUAUGCUGAGCUACUGGCAUUGCAGGAGCGCUGGCUGCGGCUGCUGCAAGCGGAGCCGGCCAUCGAGGCCCAGUCGAGGACUGAGGCGGGUGCACUUCUGGUCUGCGAGCCCGCGGGGCCUGUGUACACUGCGGGGCUGCGCGGCGGCCUGACGUCCGAGGAGGUGGCGCGGCUGCGGGCCUUGGGGGCCGAGGUGCAGGCCACAGGCCGCGGCGGCCUGGCCACUUUCCAUGGGCCGGGCCAGCUGCUUUGCCACCCAGUACUCGAUCUGCGGCGCCUGGGCCUGCGCCUGCGCACACACGUGGCGGCGCUGGAGGCGUGCGCCGUGCGCCUGUGCGAGCUCCAGGGUCUGCGGGGCGCCCGCGCACGGCCACCGCCCUACACCGGCGUCUGGCUGGGCGAGCGGAAGAUCUGUGCUAUCGGAGUCCGCUGUGGAAGGCACAUCACAUCCCACGGCCAGGCCAUUAACUGUUCUACAGACCUCACGUGGUUUGAGCACAUUGUGCCCUGUGGGCUGGUUGGGACAGGCGUCACUUCCCUGAGUAAGGAGCUCCAAAGGCACGUCACUGUAGAUGAAGUAAUACCACCUUUCCUGGAGGCCUUUAAGGAGACUUAUAAGUGCACCUUGAUCUCAGAGGACAAUUCCAACUGAAAGACGUUCAUGUUAUCACAGCCAGGAGGUCCUACCUUGGAAAGCAUCAAGCCAGACUUAGAGUCAAGGAAACCCAGAUUCUACAUUUGAUCCUGUCAUUCACUCACCAUGAGACUAUGGGCCAAUCAAGAGCUCUUAGCCAUUGUUUUUAUAUGUAAUCUGGUUUAUUUAUAUCUUCCCCACCUACCUCAGAUAUAGAAGUGAAAACAUGAAAAGUAACAUGUUUUUUAAAUAUGAUGCAUUAGCACUACUAUUGAUACCACUUUCUAAGAUUAGAGUGUCAUUUCUCCAUUAUUUAUUACUUCCUCAAUACUGUAUUUAGUUGGGCAAUUUUGGGCUUCUGGUUCCUUUGAUUUUGUGGGAAUCAUGUCUCUGGGUGACCCUGGUGAAGGUGAUAUGAUGUGGUACUUCCUGCAAUAAAGGGAAAAUCUCUUUAAAGAAUAGAAUAGGAUCCUGUCUUCCUGGAUUGCAUUCCUUCAGCCUGAUAGCUAUUUUUAGUUAGGUUUCCUAAAUGAGGCUAGAUACUGGGGGGAAGAUAAGAACAUUUCCCAAAGACAGAAGUGGGUUUUUCUAUAUAAGAUCUCUAAG